CUGACGCUGCGUCGCCGAGCUGCCGCUUCACUGGUGUCAGUGAGUCUGUACUGGGAGUACUGGGAGGACUAGGAGAACCGGGAGUACUGGGAGGACAGCGCUGGUCGGUCGGUUCACCUGUAGCUCUCAGCUGAUCCAGGCGUUCACCAUGGAGUCUUCAUCACCUUCAUCAUCACCUUCGUCACCACCAUCAUCCUCAGUAACAGCUACCUCAGUGUCCUCAUCAUCAUCAUCUACUCCUCAUCCUCGUCCCUUUUUUUCUCUGAGGAGUCCAGAACUGGUAGCUGAGUUUCUACAAGAGCGUCAGAACAAAUUUCGGUCUCGAAAUGACUCCAGUGAAUCCAGCAUCACCUCCUCUGUGACCUCCUCCUCCUCUGUGAUCUCCUCCUCCCCUCUGCCAUCCCCCUUCUCUCCCACUCCAUCUUCCUCACCUUUGAGCUCCUCAUCCUCCACCUCUCCUCCUGCCUGUGGUGACAGCAAACCAGUAACAGCUACCUCAGUGUCCUCUUCAUCAUCUACUCCUCUUCCUCGUCCCUUUUUUUCUCUGAGGAGUCCAGAACUGGUAGCUGAGUUUUUACAAGAGCGUCAGAACAAAUUUCAGUCUCGAAUUGACUCCAGCAUCACUUCCUCCUCCCCUGUGAUCUCCUCCUCCCCUCUGCCAUCCCCAUUCUCUCCCACUCCAUCUUCCUCACCUUUGAGCUCCUCAUCCUCCACCUCUCCUCCUGCCUGUGGUGACAGCAAACCAAUAACAGCUACCUCAGUGUCCUCAUCAUCAUCAUCUACUCCUCUUCCUCGUCCCUUUUUUUCUCUGAGGAGUCCAGAACUGGUAGCUGAGUUUUUACAAGAGCGUCAGAACAAAUUUCAGUCUCGAAUUGACUCCAGCAUCACUUCCUCCUCCCCUGUGAUCUCCUCCUCCCCUCUGCCAUCCCCAUUCUCUCCCACUCCAUCUUCCUCACCUUUGAGCUCCUCAUCCUCCACCUCUCCUCCUGCCUGUGGUGACAGCAAACCAAUAACAGCUACCUCAGUGUCCUCAUCAUCAUCAUCUACUCCUCUUCCUCGUCCCUUUUUUUCUCUGAGGAGUCCAGAACUGGUAGCUGAGUUCCUACAAGAGCGUCAGAACAUAUUUCGGUCUCGAAAUGACUCCAGUGAAUCCAGCAUCACCUCCUCUUCCUCCUCUGUGACCUCCUCCUCCUCCUCCCCUGUCACCACCUCCUCCUCUGUGACCUCCUCCCCUGUGAUCUCCUCCUCCCCUCUGCCAUCCCCCUUCUCUCCCACUCCAUCUUCAUCACCUUUGAGCUCCUCAUCCUCCACCUCUCCUCCUGCCUGUGGUGACAGCAAACCAAUCAGACUGUCACUGUCGAGCCCUGAGCUCAUUACAGAGCUGAAGCAGCCGAGGAGCCGCUCCCUCCGUCACGUCUCCACCCACAACGGACUGACCACCGUCUUCUCUGGACGAGGACGAAGACAGUCCACUGGUGCCACGCCCUCCACACGAUCAGCCAAUCAGAAGACCUCACCCUGACUUUAUCAGCUACUGGACUCUGCUGCUCUGUAACUAAUCAUUUCCAUUUGAUAACAGAAUAUAACUGACAGAAAGAAAGUUUAACAUCGUCUAACAUCUGUCCGAAUUAAGCCCCGCCCCUUUUAUUCACUGCUUUGGUUCUCACGCUGCAAAACAAACAGUUUACAGUAACAUUAGCUUACCAUCAUACAAUUCAUAAUAAUAAUAGAUUUAAUGAUUGAUGAGGAAACAAAAGCAACUUCUCAUUUCAAGUUAACGAUUUCUACUUUUUGAAAUGAGCUAACUGACGAUCACAAGUUAACCAGAAGCUUCGUCUCCAGCAGAGUUUUUAAUGUUUUCUGGUGACUCGUUUUAAAGGCUGCUCUCCUGAUGUGAAGCUUUAAUCAUUAGUUCAUAUCAUGUGUGUGUGUUUUCUGGUUUGUAUUGAUCUGUUUUAUGUUUUUUUUAAUGUUAUGGUAACAUUUAUGUCUAACACUGUAUACGGUCUCUUACAAAUAUAAUAAAUAAAGCUAACAGGUUAAAAGUCGUGGGUCUACAUAAUCUGAUGAAUCACUAGUUGGUCAUUUUUCAAUUCUCUGAUUCAGCUUCUUAAAAGUGAAAUGUUCUGGUUUCUUCCUCUGUGACAGUGAACUGAAUCUGAAACUGAAUCUUUGGGACACAGUGAUUGACAUUUUUCACCAUUUUCUGACAUUUUAUUUCAUGGACCAAACAAAGAUUAAUCAGUAAUGAACACAUAGUCUGAAGUCAGUGUGAGGUGUUCAUAAACAAGGUGCCAAAAAAUGAAAAAACAAUAAAGGGUACAGUGGUUUUUAUCAUAAAAGAAGAAGGACAAAACAAUAAAUAACAUACUGUGACCUUUCAGUGUUACAAACUACAACUACGAUAAGUAAGACGUAAGUCAGCAACAAUCAUUCAAAGCAAUUCUUAAACAUUAACAGAAAACCCAAAAUACUUUGUCAUUGUUUGUUUAUGAAUAUCCAUAUGAAAAUAAAUGGUUGAAUGAAUAAAUGGAUGUUUGUAUCUCAGCUCCUGUUUUUAACUGGUUUAAGUCUCAGUGCUGCUUGGUAGCUGCUCAUCUUCCUCUGAUCAUAUUACGUGGGGAGCCACAAUGCUCUGUUCUGUACUUUACUUAGAGCUGUCCUGGAUGGUUUCAUUAACGUCUCUGGUAGCAGUGAUAUGGGGAGGGUCAUAAAAAUGGGUGAACAGUGUGAUGAACACAUUUGUCAGGGAUUUAGGUGGAGUUCAUUUCAAAUUACAUUUUUUAAACCGUACAUUUGAGACCCUUAUUAGCCCCUAUUGGAGGCAGUAGAUCUGCUGUUUGUUGUUGCUGUAAUUCUUUUUUGUUUGAAAGCACCUUUAGACGGCAGUUUUCCAACCUAAUUGCAGGUUUUACUCUUAACAUUUUUAUAUUCAGCCUAUAAACAGGCCAGAAAUAGUUAUUUAUAUGAGAAUACAGUUUUGUUCUUAAGCUUUAUGUG